CGAUUGGAAAAUGGAAUUUUUUCGUAGCGCCGAUCAGUUGAGAUUCAACCGCUGUCCACGAUCGCCGAGCUCUCUGUCGCCUUCUCUUUUCCGCUGCUGGGCAUUCCAAAAAUUUAAUUAUUUCGGUUUUUUGCAUUCUAAUCUAACUUCCCACCAGCCCAGUCAGCAUGGAUCGUUCGGGCAUCUCGGCUCUGGUCAGUCCGUACCGCCGACGUCCUUGGAUGUCGGAGACCGGUGCUGCGGCUCCAGCCGGUGGACAGGUGGGUCUCAAGGGCAUUGUCGCCGGUGGCAUUACGGGCGGCAUCGAGAUCUGCAUCACCUAUCCCACCGAGUAUGUGAAGACACAGCUGCAGCUGGACGAGAAGGGAGCCGGCAAGAAGUACAACGGCAUCUUCGACUGCGUCAAGAAGACGGUACAGCAGCGAGGAUUCCUGGGUCUUUACCGCGGUCUCAGUGUCCUUCUCUAUGGCAGCAUUCCCAAGUCAGCGGCAAGGUUCGGUUCCUUCGAAUUCCUGAAGUCGAACGCUGUGGACUCCCGAGGACAGCUGAGCAGCUCCGGAAAGUUGCUCUGCGGUUUGGGCGCCGGCGUCUGCGAGGCCAUCCUUGCAGUUACCCCAAUGGAGACCAUCAAGGUGAAGUUCAUCAAUGACCAGCGUAGCGCCAAUCCCAAGUUCAAGGGUUUCGCUCACGGAGUGGGCCAGAUCAUCAAGGCGGAGGGCGUCUCUGGUGUUUACAAGGGCCUUACGGCCACCAUCCUGAAGCAGGGAUCCAACCAGGCGAUCCGCUUCUUCGUACUGGAGUCACUGAAGGACUUGUACAAGGGCGACGAUCACACCAAGCCUGUGCCCAAGUUGGUGGUGGGAGCUUUCGGAGCCAUUGCCGGAGCAGCCUCUGUGUUCGGUAACACACCUCUGGAUGUGGUAAAGACGAGGAUGCAGGGCCUGGAGGCCUCUAAAUACAAGAACACGGCCCAUUGUGCGCUGCAGAUCCUGAAGAACGAGGGACCCGCCGCCUUCUACAAGGGAACUGUGCCUCGAUUGGGACGCGUGUGCCUGGAUGUGGCCAUCACCUUCAUGAUCUACGACUCCUUCAUGGAUCUGUUCAACAAGGUGUGGGUGUAACCGCAGCGGGCGGUCUUGCGACUUAGUUACUUAGUUCCCCCUCUCCCCAAAGCCCAAAUGUGCAUUUCUUUCUCUAUAUCCAUUGACCUAGUCGGCUGUUGCAAUAGUUUCUAGUUCCGUGACAUAUUCCAAGAAAGCAUUUUAUACACAUGUAUACCCAUUGUGGGUAUAUAGCUAUAGAAAUUAUACAGCUUGUUUUAAAUAUUGCAUUAAAUCUGAAAUAUCUGUUUAAA